AUGCCGUUGUCUAACCAGGAUCUGAAGGCUGCGACGACCAAGAACAAGAAGCUUUCCACCCCUCAGUUCCUGCAGGGCUUUGUCGACGGCGCGCUGGACAAAGACCGGUACCUUGUUUGGGACCGGCUGUUCUCCAUCGAGGAUGGGGCAUCUGCAGCCCGAUUCUGCCAGGAGCAUUUGAACAGUGGCUUCUUCGACGACAUCAGCCCUGAAAGUGCCGAGCAGGGCAGCGAGGAGCUGCAAGACAUGCUCCGGAGCUUCUUCAGUAGCAUCGCUGGUGGCAGUUCCUCGUCAAGACCAAGGCAGAGGUCAACCCGCCUGGAUGAGCAGGCGCCUUCCAGCCUCCCUUCCUCCUUCACGCCGUUUUCGGGCAAAGCACACCGUCUGGACGCAGAUGAAGAAGUGCCGGCGGCACCGGAACCCGACGAUCGCCAGAAGUCCUGGGCAUUGACAUUCACUUCAAACCUCGAGCUGGCGAGAUCCAGCCGCAGGAGGAGCCGGGAAGAAGCGAAGAGGACCUACCACUGGACCUUCAGUGGCCAAGCCGUGAAGGAGACGAAAACUGGCACAGAGAGCUACUCUCAAGGGAAGUGCGCCGGGGAAAAGCGCAAGGGGCAAAUCGAGAGUGCCGCAGGUGCUGGGAAGCAGUUCAGAAAAGCGCAGCGCCUGGCGAUCACCAGAUAA